AUGAAGCUUAUCAGCAAAUCUCUAGAAAAGGACGCAUCGGGCUCAAUCACACUUCUUCCUGAAGAGUUGGAAGAUAUGUGGCAUGUAUACAAUUUGAUAUCCAAAGACGACUUGAUCAAAGCAACAACUAUUCGUCGUUUGCAAUCAGAAAGCUCAACAGGCUCUGUCUCGAGUCAGCGAGUGCGUCUCAACUUGACCAUCACUGUAGAGAGUGUCGAUUUCGAUCCCAACGUGGGCUUGUUGCGUAUCAAUGGUAAAGUGGCUAGUGAGAAUCAAUAUGUCAAGAUGGGCAGUUAUCACACAAUUGAUUUGGAACUGAAUCGAAACUUCACCUUAUUCAAGCCUGAAUGGGACACCAUUGCACUGGAGCGUGUGGAAGAUGCGUGCGAUAUCACCAAACAAGCAGACGUCGCAGCAGUGGUCUGUCAAGAGGGUUUAGCCAACAUUUGUUUCCUAACACAACAUAUGACAAUUGUUCGUCAGCGUAUUGAAAGUCCUAUUCCAAGAAAGAGAAAGGGUUCUGUAACAAACCACGACAAGGGACUUACUCGAUUCUAUGAGCAAAUCUACCAAGGCAUCCUACGUCAUGUUCAUUUUGAUAUUGUGAAAGCUGUGAUCAUUGCUAGCCCUGGCUUCGUCAAGGAUCAACUGUAUGCUUACAUCUUCGACCAGGCAGUGAAAACUGAAAACAAGGUCAUUAUGGAGAACAAGUCCAAGUUUGUAUUGAUCCAUUGCUCCAGCGGACAUAAGCAUGCAUUGACUGAGGUCAUGCAAGACCCCUCAGUACAGGCCAAAUUAUCAGACACAAAGGCUGCUCGGGAAGUGCAAGCAUUGGAUAAAUUCUAUGAAAUGAUGAACCUAGAUCCUGAUAGAGCGUUUUAUGGCUUUGCAGAUGUCGCUAAAGCCAACAACAGAGGGGCCAUUGGCACACUACUAGUGACUGACGAGCUGUUUAGAUCAGCAGAUAUCGCUACUCGUAAAAAGUAUGUGUCCUUAGUGGAACAAGUGAGAGCACAGAAUGGCAAUGUCUAUGUGUUUUCCAGCAUGCAUCCUUCAGGAGAACAACUGAAUCAAUUAACGGGUGUAGCAGCUAUUUUGAAUUUUCCUCUUCCUGACAUUGAAGACAUGGAAGACGAAUAA